AUGCAAGCUUUCCGUGUUUUCUGUGUCCUGCUAAAUGUAUCCUUAGUGUUAUCCGGAACUCAGAUAUGUAAAGACCCAGACAUCAAUGCUUAUUCCAUUAUCGCAUGUGGUGCCCCCGGUAAAGAUGGUCUACCAGGCAAGGAUGGUAAAAAUGGACUUAAAGGAGAAACAGGAGAACAAGGACUUCCAGGACCAGCUGGACUACAACGAAUUGCUGGACCACCCGGAUUAAGAGGAGAACAGGGUCUUCCUGGCCCAAACGGUGACAGAGGGGACAGUGGAGUCUUAGCUUUUACAUUUUCCGAAGGAGGAACAACAUCUGUUGGAAAGAUUUAUGUUUUAAAUAAUGCCCAAGCUAAUUAUAAUGAAGCAAAGUUAGUUUGUGCCCGUGCAGGUGGUCAGCUACCUUCACCUGUAAAUGCAGAGGAGAACCAAGCUAUCUUAGAUAUUCGUAAAAAAUCUCCGAUAGCCAUAUUUCUGGGCAUAAAUGAUGUACAAAAAGAGGGCACUUUUAAAUAUCCAAAUGGUGAAAACAUUGUCUACUCAAACUGGCAUCCUGGUGAACCGAAUAAUGAGAGGGGAGCAGAGGUUUGUGUAGAAAUGUAUGACACUGGAAGAUGGAAUGAUGAAAAUUGUGCAGAAAUGCGACGUAUUAUUUGUGAGUUUUGAUCCAUUUAGAAAGCAUUACACUGCUGUGCUUUAAUA